CCGCCGCGGCCUCGCCCCCUGCGAAUGAUGCGGCGGGACGCGCCGCUGGGCUGCGUCGGAGCUCGGGCGGUGGCACAAGCGGCGGCGGCCCCGGGCGGCGACCGGCGGGAAGCGGCGGCGGGGAAGGAGGAGGAGGCGGCGGCCGCCCGGUCCCCAGCCCCCCGCGGCGGCCGGGCGAGCGCAGGAUGCUGAGAGCCGCCCCGCGCUCUGGUCCCUCCCGGGGCUGAACGCCGACUCCUUUUUCCCCCUUCGCCCUCCGACGCGUUUCGCUCCCCCCGCCUCCCUCAGUUCCCUCCAGCCCUUCGGCGUGUCUCGGCGCCGCCCGCCGAGUCGCCGCCUCCCGGCAGAGCAGCGGCGGCGGCUCCGGGGCUCGGCGGCUCCUCCCCGUCCGGCUCCUCCCGCGGCCGCACACGGGAGCGCGGGGGGCGGUGGAAGAUGGCGUGGGUGCUGAAGAUGGACGAAGUGAUCGAGUCUGGGCUGGUGCACGACUUCGACGCCAGCCUCUCCGGCAUCGGGCAGGAGCUGGGCGCCGGGGCCUACAGCAUGAGUGAUGUUUUGGCACUGCCUAUUUUCAAACAGGAAGAUUCCAGCCUUCCGCAAGAAAAUGAGACCAAACAUCCACCCUUCCAGUACGUUAUGUGUGCUGCAACAUCCCCAGCAGUGAAAUUGUAUGAUGAAACCCUUACAUACUUGAAUCAAGGUCAGUCCUACGAGAUCCGGAUGCUCGAUAAUCGGAAAGCUGGAGACAUCCCAGAGAUCAAUGGAAAACUGGUGAAGAGUAUUAUAAGAGUUGUGUUCCAUGACAGAAGGUUGCAAUAUACAGAGCACCAGCAGCUAGAAGGCUGGAAGUGGAACCGCCCUGGGGACAGACUUCUCGACUUAGAUAUUCCAAUGUCUGUUGGAGUCAUUGAUAUCAAGACAAAUCCAAGCCAGCUCAAUGCAGUUGAAUUUUUGUGGGAUCCAACAAAAUGUACAUCUGCUUUUAUUCAGGUACAUUGUAUCAGCACUGAAUUCACCCCUCGUAAACAUGGAGGAGAGAAAGGAGUUCCGUUUAGGAUUCAGGUCGACACCUUUAAACAGACUGAAAACGGAGAGUACACAGAUCAUCUGCAUUCAGCCAGCUGUCAAAUCAAAGUCUUUAAGCCAAAAGGAGCAGACAGGAAACAGAAAACAGACAGAGAAAAGAUGGAAAAGCGAACUGCACAUGAAAAAGAGAAGUAUCAGCCUUCAUAUGACACCACAGUUCUUACAGAGAUGAGGCUUGAGCCUAUAAUUGAAGAUGCAGUUGAACAUGAGCAGAAAAAGUCCAGCAAGCGGACUUUGCCAGCAGACUACGGUGAUUCUCUGGCAAAGCGAGGCAGUUGCUCACCGUGGCCUGAUACUCCCACAACAUUUGUGAACAGCCCUACUCCUGCUCCCACUUUUACCUCUGCUCAGCAUAACACCUACAGUGUCCCAGACAGCAAUUCUUCCUCCCCAAAUCAUCAAGGAGAUGGAACCUCUCAAGGGUCUGGAGAUCAGCUUCAUCCCUCAGCCACAAUCCAGGAGGCUCAGCAGUGGUUGCUCAAGCAUAGGUUCUCUACCUAUACAAGGCUUUUUUCCAAUUUCUCAGGUGCUGAUUUAUUAAAGCUGACAAGAGAAGAUCUGGUACAAAUCUGUGGUCCAGCCGAUGGAAUUCGGCUCUACAAUGCACUGAAAUCCAGGUCUGUUCGGCCCCGUUUAACAAUCUAUGUCUGCCAGGAGCCCUUGAGCAGCAGCAUCCAGCUGGAGAGGCAGGACGUGGGCAACGGCGACAGCAGCAACGGUGCAAUAUACGCAACAGUGCAGCAGUGUGAGGCAGAUGCAGGACCUCUGCCUUCCACAUGGCCCAAAGCCACUGCCAGGGUCAUCUGUAGGAGUUGUGUUUCCCUGCAGUUUAUCAUGCAAUCUACCUGGAAGAGAUGGCAGCCUCCGAAGUCACACGCAAGCUCGCUCUGGCCUUCAAUAUCCCUUUGCAUCAGAUCAACCAGGUUUACAGGCAGGGUCCCACAGGUAUCCACAUUCUUGUUAGUGAUCAGAUGGUUCAAAACUUUCAAGAUGAGAGCUGUUUCUUAUUCACCACAAUAAAAGCUGAAAAUGGUGAAGGCUUCCAUAUAAUUUUGAAGUGAGAGCACACCCUCGCUUGCCAGACUGAUUGACGCUCCCAACCACGGACUGAAGCUUACCAAGAUCAUCCCAACCCUUAGGCUUUACCUUCACCGUAUAAGAUGUUUCAUAUUGAAAACACAAAAUGACCUUUCUAACGAGCUGUUUGAUAGGUGAACUUUCUUAUCACUGCCAUAGCUAAGUGUCCUCGUGAGAGGUGUGGUGCCAGCUGAUGUACAGGUGUGGAAGACAAAGCGAGCAAAGGUGCUUGCCCUCUCCUGAAAUAAGGCGAAUUAUGGCCAGUAGAUACAGUGUGUAGAAGCGAAGCACUGCUGCUGUUCUAGGAGCUGUAUCCAGUCGGAGAUGAAUGUAAACUUACUUGGGGCAUUGACCUUUCUGUGCCAGUUUGUCUGUUACUUGCUUGUACCUGCUGCUGGGUUGAUGUUUGGUGACCUGUGUGGAAGGUGAGUAGUUAAAGCCAACAGCCAUCAGCUUGUUGGGUCUUCUGAGAGUAAAGCUGGCAGAACGGCCUCCUCUGUAAAUUGUGUAUAAGAGUUGUAUGUAAGAAGUGUAAAUGCCAGAGCAGGGCUUUCCCAAGCCCUAGACAGAUGCAAUAUAUGCAUGCAGCAAACUGCAUUAUCCACAGUACCUUGUUGGAGGGAUUAAUAGAAACCCUACAGGGUACCCAAGUAAUUGUGUUUUGCUUUAAUGAAUUUAAGACCCGCCUGGACGUGUUCCUGUGCGACCUAAGUGAACCUGCUUCUGCAGGGGGGUUGGACUGGGUGAUCUCUGGAGGUCCCUUCCAGCCCCUGCCAUUCUAUGAUUCUAUGGAAAGCCUUGCCUCUGCAUCCUUUCUGUUUAGUUCCCUGGCUUCCUCUGCAGAGCACUGCUGCAGUCCGACCCUUUGCUCAUACGAACGUGGGUCUGACAAUACGAGCGGCGCGGGGAGGAGCCUCCAGAGGCCACCAAGCAGGGCCGACCGCCUCCCUUGCCCUGGCACCACGGGGCUCUCAGAGCUUUCAGCAACAUCCCAGAACUUGCUUAAUAAGGAACACUAAAUACCAGCCCAGUGAGCCUCGUCCCUCUGUUGCCAGCGGUGGAGGGAGGCUCCGACCCUGGCGGCUGCGCUUCCUCCGCUGGCCCUGGGACGGUGCCUCUUCCCUCCCAACACACACCUCACUCUUUCUUUCCAACAGGCAAUGUGCUUUCGCAGUAGUUUGGCUGUUUCUUGUAAACACAUGGCACAGCACUUCCUCUGUUACCUUCUAAGUUUCCAGCUCGUUAGGUACCGAGAGGGGCCGACUCCGGGAGCCGCGUCGGUUGCUCGGGGAAGCUCCUCCUCCAGCUCUGGCUUUACAAAGCUCGGGUGUAGUUUGCUUCUUACGCCGCCGUGUUCCAUGUAAACGACUCCUACAGCACGGCACAAGGCAGCGGGGAUAGGUUCAGCUCCCUCCUCCGUCACUGCCUCGACUGCUUAGCGGAAAAGCUUCCUCAGGCCGUAGCGUUUGGAGACUUUCAGUUCAUCCAAGCUUAGAGGGGUUGGGGGUUGGGCUUUGGGGUUGUUUCUUUUUUCCCCCCUCCCUAUUUUUUACAUACUUCAACCAUUUAAGUUGUUCACCUUUGGGUAUUGUUUGGUCCUGUUUUCUCCAGCCGACACUCGUGUCUUUCUCAGCUCACGCCGUAUCCAAACCCAAAUCUUUUAUGAAGGUGGAAAAACCCCCUUGAUUGGAAAGUAUCCAAAGAGCUGAUUUUUCAAGAACACUGAAAAAAAAAACCCCAGUUGUACAGUAGUUUGCCCAGCUCACUUGAAAUUGGGAUUAAAUUAUGGCACCAGCAAAUGGCUUUUGUUUUGUAAUGAGAUGUACACAUUUCAAUUGAGUAUAAUAAAUGUUUUUCAAUAAUUUUGUAAA